CGAGAGCCGUCGCACGAACUAUUUCUACCCCGACUUCUGUGGAAGACUGGAAAAUGGCCUAGCCGUGCCAGGAGAUAUACAUGAUGUCAAAGACGUUAUCGGUUGUUUAUACGACACGAAGUAUGUUGGAUUUUACCCGUGGAGUUUCAUGGCGGAAUCGUGCGUGAAGAUGUCGGGGUUUCCACCGGUUUGGCUGUCCAAUGUGUGCGAGACUGGGUGAGACAAGGGCUCUGUCAGGAGCCUUUGUGCAGAUUUUCCUUCAAUUACUGAAGAGGACCUCUAGGCAGGUUCAUGCAGCGCUUGGCAGGGUGGAGUUUCUUGACCCAUGGAGAAUUACUUCCAGGCGGAGGCCUUUAACCUGGACAAGGUGCUGGAUGAGUUUGAACAGAAUGAAGAUGAUACAGACACACCGACUCUCUCGGAUGCCAAAUGGACUCAGAUUCUGGCCCCUCCUUCACACUUUCUUUCCUUGAACCCUGCCUUAACCAACUCUGACCUCAGCCCAAGAGAUAGUCCCAUUAGCUUCAAGCCUCUUCUGGAUGCCCACACCUCAGACAGCUCCUCUUUGGCUGAAGUCACCAGGUUAGAGGGGAAACAGGGGCUGGGGCAACAACCAGAGGGCAGGAGUGAGGACCGGCAAGCAGAUGUUCACAGUCCCCCUCUGCCUCAGCCCAAUAUUGGCAAGCUGGUGAGCACUGACGGGCAGUUGCCGGACUUGCCAUCCUCUAACAGAGUGGGCCUGGAAAACAGCUUUUCAGCUAGUCUUAAUCAUAGCAGAUGUUCGGAAGUCCUUCUGGACAAAAAUGAAACAAGUCAACCUAUUUCAGACCAACAAAGUGUUAUUGAUACUGGUCCCUUUGAGUUUAAGAUGGAGCAGAAUGGUACCGAUGAGAGAAGUGGUGCUGGUUUUAAUGACUCUCAGUUCUCCUUUCCCAAGGAAGUACUUAUAAGUAGGAAAUCCGUUUUUAAGAAUGGUGGCUCAUUUUUUGAGAUGGAGGCAAGCAAGACUGCCAGUGGUAGUUCACCUGUAGGGGACCAGGAAGUUGGAAUGAGGGACUGUAAUCUGGAAUUUCCAGAGGGAAGUGAUACCCAGAAAGGGGAAACAGUAUUGCACAAAACAGCUAAUGGAAGUGUGGAGCUGGACUGCAUGAGAGAGAAUCAUGAGGGUGCCUUUCAGAAUGGUGGAGUGGUUGAGACUGAAAGUGAAGGAAAAGAUACCUGGACAUCAAAUCAGGACGAGAAUGACAAAACACUAAAUAAAGCCCAGGAUGGGACAAACAGUGACUCAGUUGCUGAAUCACCAGGGGUGGAGAAGUCCCUGUCCAAUGGACUGAUUGUGGACCUUGAUAGAGAUGCGGACAGCCAGCCACCAGUUCCUUCAAAGGAGGACUCUGUGACAGAGGAAAAAGAGAUGGAGGAGAGCAAGCAAGAGUGUUGUGAUCCAGUUCGGGGAUCAGAAGCUGUGAGAACUGGCAAACUCAACAACAGCCGGCUGCAGCCUGUCAGUGUUCCCUACGGAGGUGCUCGGCCAAAACAGCCUGUCAGUUUAAAGCUGCAAAUUCCCCAGCCUCUCUUGAGCCAGGUCCAGAAUGAAUUUGGCACUACUGGCAAGAACAAGAACCUGGUGACGCAGUGUAUGACAGAAGGCCCCGAGUCGUCUUGUGGUGGAACAGAGUUUAGAGUAGUUCGAAUGAAUGGAGAGACUUGUGAUGAUUCGUCAGCCUCGCUCAUCCCUUCUGAGAGUCCCGACAAUGACAUUCUGGCAAGCCAACAGGGGGCCUUCUCUAGGAAACCUUUCAGUUCUUUGGGGGAGCUGGCCCCUGUAUGGGUUCCUGACUCUCAAGCACCUAUUUGCAUGAAAUGCGAGGUCAAGUUUACCUUCACUAAAAGAAGACAUCAUUGUCGGGCUUGUGGAAAGGUAUUCUGUGCAGCAUGUUGUAGUCUGAAAAGCAGGCUGAUGUACAUGGACAGGAAAGAAGCGAGAGUUUGUGUAACCUGCCACCGUGCUCUCAUGAAUGCUCAAACAUGGGAAAAUAUGGGAGGUGGCUGCAAUCAGACCCCCAAUCCCAACAACCCAGCGGAGUACUGCUCCACUAUUCCCCCUCUGCAGCAGGCCCAGGCGUCAGGAGCACUCAGCUCCCCACCACCAACUGUCAUGGUGCCCGUCGGUGUCCUCAAACAGCCAGGAACUGAUGGUUCACUAACUCGAGAGCAAAGAAGGGUAUGGUUUGCUGAUGGCAUUCUCCCCAACGGGGAAGCUACAGACUCUGCUAAAGGCCCUGCGGCAAAUUCCAAUCCCCCACAGCCUGUGGCUGCAUCCCAGUACUCAAGCAAAUCCUCAGGCGCCAAUGCUUCUGAGGUGGCCCGUGCCCCUGGAGCCCUGACUGCUAACCCUGUGGGCAGCUCCCUCAGUCUGAUUCCAGAGGACGGGCUUCCUCCCAUUCUCAUCUCCACAGGAGUUAAAGGAGGUACGGGAGGCCACAUCACAGACUAUGCUGUGGAGGAGAGACCUGUUGAGAUUGUGCUAAUGCAGCAGCUUGAGGAGGGGGAUUCUCAUCCCCUGGUAUUUGUCCUCAAUGCCAACCUUCUGGCCAUGGUCAAACUUGUCAACUAUGUGAAUAGGAAGUGCUGGUAUAUGACAACAAAAGGUAUGCAUGCCGUUGGCCAGGCGGAGGUAGUAGUGCUUCUACAGUGCCUGCCUGAUGAGAAAAGAAUUCCCAAGGACAUCUUCAACCACUUUGUCCAGCUCUACCAGGAGGCACUCACAGGAAAUGUGUUUAGCCACCUGGGUCACUCCUUCUUCACUCAGAGCUUCCUGGGAAGCAAGGAGCAUGGCGGCUUCCUUUACAUUAGCCCCACUUUCCAGUCCCUGCAGGAUCUGCCUUUGCCUAACCCACCCUACCUCUUUGGCAUCCUGGUGCAGAAGUGGGAGACCCCUUGGGCCAAGGUUUUUCCCAUCCGACUCAUGCUCCGCUUGGGGGCGGAAUACAGAUUCUAUCCCUGCCCACUAUUUAGUGUUCGCUUCAGAAAACCACUAUUUGGAGAGACUGGCCAUACCAUUAUGAACUUAUUAGCGGAUUUCCGUAACUACCAGUACACAUUGCCAGUGGUUAAGGGGCUGGUGGUGGACAUGGAAGUGAGGAAGACCUGCAUCAAGAUACCCAGCAACCGUUACAAUGAGCUGAUGAAGGCAAUGAAUAAGUCCAACGAGCAUGUGCUGGCCAUGGGAGCGUGCUUCAAUGAGCGGGCAGAUUCCCAUCUUGUGUGUGUUCAGAAUGAUGAUGGUAACUACCAGACCCAGGCCAUCAGUAUUCAUCACCAGCCUCGCAAAGUUACUGGUGCCUCCUUUUUCGUAUUCAGUGGGGCUCUGAAGGCUUCAUCGGGCUACUUGGCUAAGACCAGUAUUGUUGAAGAUGGUGUGAUGGUGCAGAUUACGGCUGAAACUAUGGAGGCCUUACGGCAAGCCCUAAGAGAGAUGAAAGAUUUCAAUAUUGUCUGUGGGAAAGCUGAUCAGGAAGAGAACCAGGAGCAGGUCCAAAUCCAAUGGGUUGAGGAUGACCACAACAUUAACAAGGGAGUCAUCAGCCCUAUUGAUGGGAAAUCAAUGGAGUCAGUCACCAGCGUUAAGAUCUUCCACGGCUCCGAGUAUAAGGCCAAUGGGAAAGUCAUCCGCUGGACAGAGGUGUUCUUCCUGCGGAGUGAGGACCAGACCAAUGGCCUGAGUGAUCCAGCAGACCACAGCCGACUCGCUGAGAACGUGGCAAGGGCUUUCUGCAUGGCCCUGUGCCCUCACCUCAAACUUCUCAAAGAGGAUGGCAUGGCAAAACUGGGCCUGCGGGUCACGUUGGACUCUGAUCAGGUGGGCUACUUAGCUGGCAGUAACGGCCAGCCACUGCUCCCCCAGUAUCUGAGUGAUCUUGACAGUGCCCUCAUCCCAGUGAUCCACAGCAGGGCUUGCCAGCUGAGCGAGGGGCCUGUGGUUAUGGAGCUCAUCUUCUACAUCCUGGAGAUCAUCUCCUGAAAGGAGGGUAUCCUUCCAGCUCUCCUCUCUUCCUUUGCCUCUCUCUCUCAUUUGCACUUCAAAUAGCCUGAAAGCUGUGCAGGAAAAAGUCCUCCAUCUAUGCACCAUCUCCACUGGGACCCUCAGCCCAGCCCCUCUGAAUGUGGUGCUCUUUCGUUUCUCCCCAACUCCACUGUGGAAACCAUGGGCCCCAUUGAUUGACAAGAAAGGGCGGUGACCCUGAAUCAGUUCAGAAUCCAUUGUAGCAACACUAAGCUCCUAAAAAAAAAAAAAAAAGAGGGUGCUGUACCCUCACGGCCCUUAUGGAGACUCUCCUUGGAUAUUGAUUAUUAAAGACUGAGAGAAACUCUAGCAGGACGAUUUGCUCUAAGAAAUGUUUUUUGGUGGACAGUGCCUGGGACUCAAUAUGAAACGAGGAAUGGAUUCCUUUGAGCUUCAGUUUCGCCUCUUAAGCUUUAUGAAUCACCAGAUGCUUUAUUUCAUGAAACUGGACCUCAGUUUGUUUUAUUUGUCUUUUUUGUUUUUGAGUGUAAAUUGCUCUAAAGCUAAAAUGAUGUAGCUUCCUCAGAGAUGGACUGCUCUGCAGACAGAGGUGAGAGCAUAGUGUUUAGAAUGAAUACACUGAGUUACUGUUACAAAUGUCUAGAAUGGACCUCUGUUACAAGACAUCUCGACUGGUUAUUGAAUCAAAUAAGAUCCAACUAUAAUUUCAUGCAGCCGUCAGGAUUUUAACUUCAACUUCAUGUGUUGACACAUCCUCUAAAGGAGCAUUUUGUAGUGGAUUGGUUAUGAUCUAUAGCUCAUCUAAUGAUGGAAGCCACUUAAUUUAGUAUUCUGUCCAUCUCAUUUCUUUUCCAAACCUUUUUAGUGACCUAUAUUUAUAUAAUGUUCUCCCAAUGUUUUUAACAUGUUUUCAUUGAAAGGAUUAUGCAAAUGCAAGGAAUAGACCUAAAAAAGCAAUGCAGUGCACUGUAUAGUAAGCCAUAAUUAGGAAGUUGAAGGAGGGAAUAAAGAACACAAAAGAGUUGGCCUGAAACGAUUAGUCAACGUUAUUGACAACGUAGAUAAUAAAACAUUUUCGACAACAUCAUUUAAUGUAACAUGAGAUCAUAUGAGACACUUAUUAUGAUGUGUGAGAGCAGCGCUGCAGCUCGUGCCUGACUGAGGAGAGGAAGUCCAGAUGCACUCUAAACUUUCCAAACAGCUUCAGGUGAUGUAGAUCGCAAAGUAUGAGGCAAUUAUAAAGCAAAAAUACAAAAGUAAAAACAGAAGUACUCCGAAACUGGCAUUUCUCUUAGUGUCAGCGCCUCUUCUAUGAGUUAUGCGAAUGUCCCGAUCUAAGGGGGAGAAUUUGAAAACACAGCUGUCUGUAUCACACUCUGCCGCAGGGACGCUUGUCCUCGAGCGCACACACUUAAUGCAGCUAGAUAAUAACUUUAUGGCUCGCGACUUAUUGAAUAAUAAUACAUCAAUGUGCAUUUCUUAUUGUGAAGAAAAUUGGCAAUAUGCAGCUUUAUUAAUAAGAGAGUAUUUUUUUUGUGAGUUAAAGAUGAAUCACAGUGACCAGAAAGGUGAGAGAGGGAAGUCUUUGCCACAUUAUACACUGCAACAAAAAAAACUAAAACUCCUUUAAAGUAAUGUACGUUUUCUUUACAGCUAUUACUGCAGAAAUUGUUAUCUGAGAAUGUUGAAUAUAAUAUAAAAAAUCCUUUAAAAAAAAGAUGCAUUCACCUGAGAAGCAGCAUAUAUGAUAUUUAGACUUGCUUUUAGAGAAUAGAUCUUGAAUAUAAGUAUAUUUAGUCUUUACUAUCAAAAUGUCCCAAAUUAUAACCAAGUGAAAAAAAAACACUAAUAUAUAAAAUACACUUACAGUAUAUUUAAGAUACAUUCUCUUAAAGCAAGUCUAAAUAUCUUACAUGUUGCUUCUCAAUUAAAUUGAUCUUGUUUUAAGGAUUUUUUUUUUUUUUUUUUAGAUGAUUUUAAAUGGAAAAAAGACAAAACACUUGAUAACAAUUUAAUUUUUUUGCAGUGAAUUUCUUUACUGACUUAAACUCAAAAAGUAUUUUUUCCUUUAAUUCAGUGAAUGCUAUUUAGAGGUAUUUAUUUUAUAAAAAAAGAAUUUUUUUCCUCUAUUGUUAGUUCAAUACAACCUUUUAAGUCGGGGCACAAGCUGAAUAAUUGGUUAACAGCUAAUGAUUAAUCAUUGCAGAAUAAUCGUUCGAUUAAUCGAUUAUCAAAAUAAUCAUUAGUUGCAGCCCUACCGAAGAGCUUUAAUGGUUCUUGAAAGAUGGAUGAUAUUUUAGUUGAUAAUGAGAGGAACGGUUGGAUUUUGGCAUGAGGUCUCUAAGCCAUUAAUUAAAUUGACAGCGUCAUUAACUCAAUGGGUUUCUCACAGUGUUUAAAGCUAUAUUAUUUCUUGAAACAAACCUUCUGUGUGCUGCUAUGAAUAUUGUUAAUAUGCAUUAGUUGAGUAAAUAUCAGCGGUUUUCCCCAAAAUGUUUGUUUCUUUUACAGAUAUAAUGUGUUAUAAAAUUUUACUUUCUUCAUGAGCAGUGCUUAUUGUUUUAAUGAACUUUAAUUGAUUCAUUCAGAAAAUGGAUUGCCUUCUGUGGUUAUCUGGUAUAAUAUUGACACUUUCCCGAAAUAGAUAACUAUCAAUAUACUAUAAGGAGCUCAAUGUACAGUAUGUGGGGAAACGUCGAUAACGUUUUCAGAGAAACGGGCAUUUGGUUUCAAAUUUCAGAAACUGAUAUUCCCAUCAUCAGACAUAUUCCAAGGUCAGUUGUAUUUAUUGAGUGCAUUUACAUGCUCACCAAUAUAUGAAUAACCAAGCUUAUUAAAAAAAAACAAUAACACAAGAAAACCAUGCUUACAUGGGAUUCGUUUUUGAUGUGAAAACGUUUACGGGCAUGCGCACGAAACUUGCAUACAUUGGAUAAGCCGGUGACAAUGCCAAGUAGGUAUAGCUGCAGGACGGAGAUCUUCAAAUGGGGUAGUCUCUCCCAAAUAUGGCAUGGGUUACUCCAAAAGGGGAUGACACCUCCAUAGACAGUAAGGGUUAUGUAUGGAGCUCUCGUCCCUUUUUUGGAGCUCUGUUUACAGCUAUACCCUUCUCGACAAUACCGGUAAUGGUGUUUACAUGGAGAACGAAAUCAGGCUAAAAUCUACUGUAUAUGUGGCGAUUAGUUUAUGCUUAAACAGUUUAUGACCUUAUACCCUGACAAAGGAAAACAGUUUAGGCAAUUUACAUGACCUUGCUCAUUGUCAGCUUAUUACACAUAGUCAGUGUAACAUUUUGCAUGUAAACGCACUCAUUGUCCAUCAUGCUAAACUGAAAUAAAAGGCACUGUGACACCGCAGAAUGUCUUUGUUAACCAUUGCUAUAAUGCCCUUUUUAGUUAACGAGUCAAUAAUUAAAAUGACCUAAGCUGAAGUAGGAUCUUGACAAUGACAAUCAAAUUGUAGUUCAUCUUUUAAUCAGAUAACAGAGCACCAGCCAGAGAGUUAAGGUGGCAUGGUAUCAUAUUCACCUAUUUUGCAUAAUGACUUUAAAAUGGCAUUGUCAUUCUGUGAGCUCAGUGAGAUGCAGGGCUUUCAGAGCAUCUGAUGAAUGAGGACAGCAGCUGAUAUAAAUAUCCACAGCAAGUGAACCUCACAGACCUACUGUAGGAGGUCAAUAGUUGAGACAUAAAUCAUGUGUUUCUAGCUGAAGAUUGCUGACAGCUUUGGAAACAGACUGUUCAUUAAAAAUAAAUGGCAUUACAUGAAAGCUGCAUUAUAUUCCCACAGCCCAAAACACCCCUUUGUUACUCUGCAUUCAACUUUGACAUUCUUUCCAGGUGUGCAUUAAUGUAUAUCCAAAAUUAUAACCUGUUAUUGUUUUGUCUGUCAUAGCCUUUAUUUUUGACAGUCCUCCCAAACCACUAACAUGACAGCAUGCAUGCUGAAACCAACAACAACUUUUGGAGCAACAUUUCAGAGGUGUGGAUCUGCUUGGAAGAACAUAUUUGUACAAACUAUUCAUUACAGAUUGGUUUGACCUGUGAUUAUACACAAAAAAAAAUGUAUAUGGCCAGAAUGGAAAUGAAUUUGCAAUGUAUGAAAAGCCAAAAAUAAAAAGUACACAUCCUUUCUUGUACACUACAAAUGUCAAUAAAAGCAGUCUUUAUCAAACCUGUUGAGUAUCCAAAAA